AUGUUUGUUCCUCUGUCACCUGUCGAUGGCACAACAAAAGACAAAGUUUGGACAAACGAUUCUCCAAAUAGCUCUUGGUGGACUCGACCGCUAGCCAUUAUAGCCGAAAAAGAAAGUUCGGAUCUAAUCCAUUUUGUGAAUUCUGAGUUUGAACCACAAGAGAAAGUUUUAGAAGAAGAAAGAAUCUCACCAAGUCGUCAUGGUAAGACUUAUGCUUUCCAAAUACAAAUUUUAGAUUCAAUGAAAGACCUCAAAAUAAGACUCACGGAGAGCAAAUUCAGAGGCAGCGAUUGUAUGAUGUGCUACACGAGACAGGAAGAUUGGCAUAACCGUGAAAAACUUCACAAUCCAGAUUACUUUCGUAUUACCCGUACAGUUUCAGAUACGAUGAAGUUGCAUAAAAGUUUAGUGGGAGACGGAGGUACUAUUAAAAGACAACUGUAUGAUUAUGAACAAUGUGCUGGUUUUACAAGUCAACCUAUCUCACAGUGGGCAACCACAUAG